GAUCUUGCAAGUACAUCACCAUUACACUGUCACGCUCACUGCCCCCUCGUUUGUCACACUAGCUAAGCAUCCUCGCUUACGUUCUCGGCGGCCCGCGGCCGGAAGGGGAGGAGAUGGACAACGACGACGACGCCGGCAUGGUGAUCCCCUCCUCGCCCUCCGCCGAGACAUCGUCUUCUUCCUCCGAUAUCGACACUGAGUCCACAUGCUCGUUCUUCCGGGACCGGAGCACGACGCUGGGGACGCUUAUGGGCGUGUCCUUGGCCGACGGGGAGGACCCGCCUCAGGAGACAGUGGCGGAGGAGGAGGGGGGGAUGCCACUCGCGCCGGCGCCUGAGGAGGAUGGGUGGAGGUGGCGCCGGCGCUGGAGGCCGCGGCGUGGCGCCAGCUGGUGGCGGAUGUGCAGGGACGACGUUGGCGGCACGACCCCGCUGGCCCACUUCCUGCACAUGGAGAGGCAGCUCUCCAGGGCGGGACUGCUGUGCGGGGGCGGCGGAGAGGCGACGGCGCCGCUGUUCGAGAAUGGGAGGGUGCUGCCGUCGUCGUCGGCGGCGACGGCCACGGCGGCGGCUGUCGGGGAGGAAAGAGGCAAGUGGAAGCUGCGGAGGUCCGCCCAGGGCCAGGGGUCGCUAACGCUGGCCAAGCUGCCGGUGUUGCUUACCGGCAUCUGCAGUGGCGGAGCUUGACCAUUGAGUGGAACGGAAUGGUCUCAGCUGCGAUCGGAUUACUGUCUUUGUUUCUUCUCUGCUCCAUUUUUCUCCUUAAUCUUUGCCAUGCAAAGAUGACGAAUAAUUGUAUGCAAAGAUGAUGAAAGAUUGUACUGUAUUUGUAUUGCUUCA